CUGUCUGGAGGCUGUGAACUAACCGUGGUGCUCCAGGACUUCACGGCCGGCCACAGCAGCGAGCUGAGCAUUCAAGUGGGGCAGACCGUGGAGCUGCUGGAGCGGCCGAGCGAGCGGCCCGGCUGGUGCCUGGUGCGCACCACGGAGCGCAGCCCGCCCCAGGAGGGCCUGGUGCCCAGCAGCGCGCUCUGCGUCUCGCACUCGCGGAGCAGCGUGGAGAUGGACUGCUUCUUCCCGUCGGGAAAAGAUGCCUAUUCGGUCUCUUCCAAUGACAACGGGGGCAAAUCCGAUUCCGUGGCCAACUUGCAACCUCAGCCAUCCCUCAACUCCAUCCAGAGCUCUCCUGGCCCCAAGCGCUCAACCAACACGCUGAAGAAGUGGCUGACCAGCCCCGUGCGCCGGCUGAACAGCGGCAAGGCCGAGAGCAACAUCAAGAAACAGAAGAAGGUGCGGGACGGCAGGAAGAGCUUUGACCUUGGCUCCCCAAAGACCGGAGAUGAAACCACCCCGCAAGGAGACAGCGCCGAUGAGAGCAAGAAGGGUUGGGGAGAAGAUGAACCAGACGAGGAAUCCCACACACCCCUUCCUCCUCCUAUGAAGAUUUUUGACAAUGAUCCAACCCAAGAUGAGAUGUCCUCUUCUUUGCUAGCUGCUCGGCAGAGCUCCUCCGAUGUCCCAACUGCUGCGGAUCUUGUCAGUGCAAUAGAACAGUUGGUCAAAAGUAAGCUGACCCUUGAAGGAGGAUCUUACCGAGGAAGCUUAAAAGAUGCCACUGGCUGCUUAAAUGAAGGAAUGACAUCUUCAACUCCCCCAAGAAACCUUGAAGAGGAGCAAAAAGCCAAAGCAAUGAGAGGCAGGAUGUUUGUCUUAAACGAGCUGGUACAGACUGAAAAAGACUACGUCAAAGACUUGGGAACUGUUGUGGAGGGCUUCAUGAAGAGGAUAGAAGAAAAAGGAGUUUCUGAGGAUAUGAAAGGGAAAGACAAGAUAGUAUUUGGCAAUAUACACCAGAUCUAUGACUGGCAUAAAGACUUUUUCCUGGCAGAACUGGAAAAAUGUCUUCAAGAACCUGACCGUUUAGCACAGCUUUUUAUUAAGCAUGAGCGGCGGUUACACAUGUAUGUGGUGUAUUGCCAGAACAAGCCACGGUCUGAAUAUAUAGUAGCUGAGUAUGAGGCAUAUUUUGAGGAGGUUCAACAGGAAAUAAACCAACGACUAACCAUUAGUGACUUUCUGAUCAAACCUAUUCAAAGAAUAACUAAGUAUCAGCUUCUUCUCAAGGAUUUCCUGAGGUACAGUGAAAAAGCUGGUCUGGAGUGCUCCGAUAUAGAGAAAGCAGUUGAAUUAAUGUGCCUUGUACCAAAACGCUGCAAUGACAUGAUGAACCUGGGCCGCCUCCAAGGCUUUGAGGGCAAGCUGACAGCUCAAGGAAAGCUGCUGCAGCAAGAUACCUUCUACGUCACGGAGCAGGAUUCUGGAGUUCAGUCUCGGCCCAAGGAGCGUAGGGUUUUUCUCUUCGAGCAAAUAGUUAUCUUCAGCGAACUGCUUAGGAAAGGCUCUUUAACACCAGGAUACAUGUUUAAGAAAAACAUAAAGAUGAAUUACUUAAUCAUUGAAGAAAAUGUGGACAAUGAUCCCUGCAAGUUUGCUUUAAUGAACCGGGAAACAUCAGAGAGAUUCAUUUUACAGGCUGCUAAUCCAGAAAUUCAGCAAGCUUGGGUACAGGACAUCAACCAGGUCCUGGACACACAAAGAGAUUUCUUAAAUGCGUUGCAGUCUCCCAUCGAGUACCAACGCAAGGAGAGCAGCUCUGCAGUGCUGAGGCCCCAGGCCGGCAGGGUCCCUCAGCCCAACAGCAGACCCUAUUCUUCUGUUCCAGUAGGGUCUGAGAAGUCUUUGAAGGCUGCAAGCCGUAACACAUCUCUCCCACCCCUGAAGAUAUCUACCUCCAACGGCAGCACAGGGUAUGAACACGCGCAGCCUGGAGACAAGUACGAGCAAAGCAAGCCUGAUUUGGGAGGGUGCAACGGGACCUCUUCCAUGGUGGUGAUUAAAGAUUACUAUGCACUGAAGGAGGAUGAGAUCUGUGUGAAUCAAGGCGAGGUGGUGCAGAUCCUGGCCAUCAACCAGCAGAACAUGUUCUUGGUGUACCAGCCUGCGAGCGACCACUCUCCAGCUGCGGAAGGCUGGAUCCCUGGCAGCAUCUUGGCUCCCCUCACUAAAUCCACUGCAGAUAGUAGCGACGGAAGCAUCAAGAAGUCAUGUUCAUGGCAUACCCUGCGCAUGAGAAAGCGGGCGGAAAAGGAGAGCAGUGGCAAAAAUGAAGCCAAUGGGCCACGUAAAUCCAAGGAUAUUCUGGGGAACAAAGUCUCUGUUAAAGAGACAAACAGCUCAGAGGAAUCAGAGUGUGAUGACCUUGACCCCAAUACUAGCAUGGAGAUAAUCAACCCAAAUUUCAUUCAAGAAGUGGCUCCGGAGUUCCUUGUGCCAUUGGUGGACAUCACCUGUUUGCUCGGUGACACGGUGAUGCUGCAGUGCAAAGUCUGUGGACGGCCAAAGCCAACUGUAACCUGGAAAGGACCCGAUCAAAACAUCCUGGACAACGACAACAGCACAGCCACUUACACGGUGUCAUCCUGCGACUCCGGAGAGCUCACCCUGAAGAUCUGUAACCUGAUGCCUCAGGACAGUGGCAUUUACACGUGUGUGGCAACCAAUGAACACGGAACAGCAUCCACCUCUGCAACAAUCAAAGUCCAAGGGGUCCCGGCUGCCCCCAGUCGCCCCAUUGCUCAGGAGAGAAGCUGCACCUCUGUGAUCCUGCGCUGGCUGCCCCCGUCCAGCACGGGGAAUUGCACCAUUUCAGGCUACACCGUGGAGUACAGAGAAGAAGGCUCGCAGGUCUGGCAGCAGUCGGUGGCCUCCACGCUGGACACGUACCUCGUCAUCGAAGACCUGAGCCCGGGCUGCCAGUACCAGUUCCGCGUGAGCGCCAGCAACCCCUGGGGGAUGACACAAGAGCUCUCACGUGGCCGGUGCUGCUGCCGCCUGCGCUCGUGCCCAGCCCGGCUCCGCGGCACGCGCGGACGGGCCCUUAAUUCUGCUGCUGAUGGUGCCACUAUUUCAUGGAAGGAAAACUUCGACCUUAUUUAUGCAGAACUGCAUGAGAUCGGGAGGUAA